CACAGCAACAUCCUCAGAAUCUGAGCGAACUGCGCCCAGCGCGGGCACAGAACCUCCCACCGCCAGCAACCUGCGGCCGGGGAGAAGAGCCAGCGCCGUGACAGCGCCUCGCCGCCACCAGUCCCCAGACCACCAUGGCCAAGAACCGUAGGGACAGAAACAGUUGGGGCGGGUUUUCAGAAAAGACAUAUGAAUGGAGCUCAGAGGAGGAGGAGCCGGUGAAGAAGGCAGGACCAGUGCAAGUCCUUAUCGUCAAAGAUGACCAUUCCUUUGAGUUAGAUGAAACUGCACUAAAUCGGAUCCUUCUCUCGGAGGCUGUCAGGGACAAGGAGGUUGUUGCUGUAUCUGUUGCUGGAGCAUUUAGAAAAGGAAAAUCAUUCCUGAUGGACUUCAUGUUGAGAUACAUGUACAACCAGGAAUCAGUCGACUGGGUUGGAGAUUACAAUGAACCACUGACUGGAUUUUCAUGGAGAGGUGGGUCUGAACGGGAGACCACAGGAAUCCAAAUAUGGAGUGAAAUCUUCCUUAUCAAUAAACCUGAUGGCAAGAAGGUCGCAGUGCUAUUGAUGGAUACUCAGGGAACUUUUGAUAGUCAGUCAACUCUGAGAGAUUCAGCCACAGUAUUUGCACUUAGCACAAUGAUCAGCUCGAUACAGGUAUAUAACUUAUCCCAGAAUGUCCAGGAGGAUGAUCUUCAGCACCUCCAGCUUUUCACUGAGUAUGGCAGACUGGCAAUGGAGGAAAUAUUCCUGAAACCAUUUCAGAGUCUGAUAUUUCUUGUUCGGGACUGGAGCUUUCCAUACGAAUUUUCAUAUGGAGCUGAAGGUGGCUCCAAAUUCUUGGAAAAACGCCUCAAGGUCUCAGGGAACCAGCACGAAGAACUACAGAAUGUUCGAAAACACAUCCAUUCCUGUUUCACCAAAAUUUCCUGUUUUCUGCUACCUCAUCCUGGCUUAAAAGUAGCUACCAAUCCAAACUUUGAUGGAAAACUGAAAGAAAUAGAUGAUGAAUUCAUCAAAAACUUGAAAAUACUCAUUCCUUGGCUACUUAGUCCUGAGAGCCUAGAUAUUAAAGAGAUCAAUGGGAACAAAAUCACCUGCCGAGGUCUGGUGGAGUACUUCAAGGCCUAUAUAAAGAUCUAUCAAGGUGAAGAAUUGCCACAUCCCAAAUCCAUGUUACAGGCCACAGCAGAAGCUAACAAUUUAGCCGCCGUGGCAACUGCCAAGGAUACAUACAACAAAAAGAUGGAAGAGAUCUGUGGUGGUGACAAACCAUUUCUGGCACCUAAUGACCUACAGGCCAAACAUUUGGAGCUUAAGGAAGAAUCUGUGAAGCUAUUUCGAGGGGUGAAGAAGAUGGGUGGGGAGGAAUUUAGCCGGCGUUACCUUCAACAGUUGGAGAGUGAAAUAGAUGAACUUUACAUCCAGUAUAUCAAGCACAAUGAUAGCAAAAAUAUCUUCCAUGCAGCUCGUACCCCAGCCACACUGUUUGUUGUCAUCUUUAUCACGUACGUGAUUGCUGGUGUGACUGGAUUCAUUGGUUUGGACAUAAUAGCUAGCCUAUGCAAUAUGAUAAUGGGACUGACUCUGAUCACCUUGUGCACCUGGGCAUACAUCCGCUACUCUGGAGAAUACCGAGAGCUGGGGGCUGUAAUAGACCAGGUGGCUGCAGCCUUGUGGGACCAGGCUUUAUACAAGCUUUACAGUGCAGCAGCAACCCAUAGACAUCUGUAUCAUCAAGCUUUUCCUGCGCCGAAGUCAGAAUCUACUGAGCAAUCAGAAAAGAAGAAAAUGUAAUCCAAAUUUUUAGAAGUACAGGUGCAUGACCAAUUGUCAGUUAAAUAUUCAGUUUUAUGUCUCCAUGCAAACAUUCAAAGUGCUUCUAUCAGGACAGAGUAAAAUACCAAGCUCCUCUGAAAACUUCAAAAUGGUUUAGUUCUUUUACUUCAGUGUUUAAUAAGCAGAUGUAUGUAUGCAUGGUUGUAUCAUUUUUGUUAACAUGUAUGGUUUCUUAAUUUUGUCUUCAAAUAUGCUGUUAUAAUUUAAAGUGUUUGUCUAUGAUGACAGUACAUGUGUUCUGCUUGAAUUUACUAAAUUCUACUACUGGGUUAUAAUUAAACCAUGUAGUAAUAUUACUCCAUGUUUGGGUAUGCUCAUUUAAUUUCUACAGGAGAAUUUUUAAAUUAUUUCACAUAGUCAUCCAUUUAAGCACAGCGUAAUGACUCAACAGGCUUGAUUCAAUCUCUAUCAUCUUAUAUAUACCACAAGCUUUUAUUUUUAAAGACGUUUGGGAGCUUUUCAGUUGCUUUAUCAAAAACUAAAUACUGCUUCUUUUAUAUUAUGGUUUAAUAUAGAAUAUAAACUUCUUGAUCAAAAAUACACAAAAAAAUCACUUUGUAUAUGUACUUGAGUUUCACUGCAUUGUAUAUUUUUUCAUUUGGUACACAAAGAAAUGUAUUCUUCAUAGGUUUAUUCUCUUAACAUGUGAACUAUUAUUAAAGUUUACUCUGGUUCCUAAUAUUAAAAACAAAUGCUUACUGAAUUUGGAAGUGUUUGGGAGGUACUGAUAUGGAAUGAUAGAGGUUUAUCUCUCUUUUUAAAAUUAAAAAUGCAUUUUCUUCAGUGUUGACACCAUUACAAAUCUGUUUCCACUUCAAGAAACUUAGCAUACGCUAAUCCCUUUUUUGGUACCUUUCAGUUCUUUUAAACCAGCCAUUCUAUAAUCUGGGAGCUCUAAAAUAGUAAUUUCUAACUUCCUUAGGAAUAGCUUAGCCAGGUUUAAAUUAAACAGUAAUACAAAGGUAAUAAGUAACAGGAAAGAAUGAUUAAGAUAGAAGAGUAUGUGAGAGUUCAAAAGACAUAUAAGCUUACAUCCUAGAAAGUUUGAUUACAUGCUCUGAAAAAUAACUUUUCCAACUGAUAAAAUUUUACCAGCUUAUUUUCAUUUUUCAAUAUCCUUUCAUUAUACACUGCAUCCUUUGCUUUUGGACCUUCUGAAUGGAAAAACCAGAUAUUUAGAACACUAUGUAAAAAACAUGGAUUCAAACAUGACGCAUUUAGUUUCCACAAAAAUAUAUUUAAUAAGCUUGUUAUAUAAAAUCAAACAUUUAACAUUUUCAACAUUUUAUGAAUUCAAACUCACUGAUAACUAACUGGGAGUGCUCUGUACUUUCAAAGAUUACCUAAACUAAAAAUAUAUUCACAUAUUUACAAUACAUGUAAAUGUAACUGAAGAGCUACUUCAAAUAAUGUUGAAAUUCACAGAAUUCUACAGGCUAAAAGUGCCAUAAAUUUUUCUGUCAUCAAUUGUACUGCACUAAUUAUGAACAAUGUCUUAACUAUUAAAAGAAAAAAAAGUGGGAGGGAAAUGGUAGGUUUUAAAGUUCUGUGACAAAUCCUUAGAAGAUAAAAAAUACGUAAAAUCAAUUUAAUGACCAAGAUUUCUUAAUGAAUCCCUGAUUGUCAUUUUUGGCAGCUCAACCCCAUCUGCUGGGAUGGCAGUGUGCCGUAUGCUGUUGGGAACCCUCCACUGUCUCAUUAGAGCCAUGCUAAUAAAUGCUGUAAGAGCCCCGGUCAAAAGUAAGGAAAUGACAGCAACUUUUGAGUGCUGUACACAGCUUUCCCAUACAAGCUAAGACUUUAGUGCCUAUAUUUGUUCCUAAAAAAUUAAGGGCCUUUAAUCCUUUCAUACCAAAAAAUGUGUUCUCGUUUUAAAGGGGUUCUUUGUUUUGGAAGGGAACCCUAUACGUUAUAUACUUACAUUGAUCACAAUUAAGGUCCCAAGUCCCAUUUUGUAUUUUGAACUGCACAAUGAUAACAUUUAAACCACCUGAUUCCAGGUACUAUUCCACAUGAAAGCAAUACACAUCUUUUUUUUUUUUUUUU